UUAGUUCUCUAAAUGCAAUGACAAGAGGCAGACCUUUUUUCUGGAUAAGCAGCCUGCUUCUAUUUGGAGUUUUGGCAGACACUGUGGAACUCACCAAGACCGAUCCCAAUGUCUUAAUCAUCAGCCAAGUGCUUAGUUAUAUGGAUGAAAGUGUUGAACCCUGUCAGAAUUUUCGAAACUAUUCAGCUAAGUAUGCAAAACGGUUGAAGCCGCCGUCAAUUUCGACAAAGUUUCAAAUCCGGUUCGACGAAUUAAAGGAUCAGGAAUUUGAGGAUGGUAGCCUGGAGGGGAAAAUGCAGCGAUUCUAUAACAUUUGUCUGGCGAGGAAGACAAGCAAUAGUCGUAUACCUCCAGCACAACAAUUGACUCUGCAGGAACUGGAGAACCAGUAUGGAAUGUCCCUGGCGAAGUUUCUUGAAUACAUCUACGAUCAAACCAUUCCGCCCAGCGCUGUAGUGCAUGUUAAGAGCCAGGAAGACCUGAUUAGGUUCAAGGUAUUGUUAACAACCUUCAACCCCGACAUAGAGUUUAAAGAUGAGAUUUACCGAUUUUUUCAUUAUUCGCUAAGUUUCCCUGUCAUCGAAAGAGUUCACGGCUGUGUGAAGACUAUGAACCUUUACCUGCAAUUAGCUUCCAACCUUCUCUAUGAGGAGCGUAUUCUGGGCCCCGAAAAAGUAAGUCAAUACCGGUCUCAGGUCGAUAAGAUUUUCGAAGCGAUACGCCAUCAAAUGACCAUCAGACUCGAACGAAACUUACAGAACUGGACGACGCCUGAGAUUAAAGACCUUCAGAAAAGCUUAAAUAACUUGACCCUAAGUAUUGCUAACAUACCAGAGGGAGUCAACCAUCGUGAGUUCGUUACCAACUUUUACAAGGAUUUGGACUUCACCGACGACGACGACUACGAUUCCGCCGUUCAAAAGUCUUCGGAGUACAGGCGCCUUAAACAAGUAAACCAGAUGGACCAGAGCUUGAAUACAAUAUAUAGCCGAGGUAAAAUCAUCGUAGUGCCUUACAAUUUAUUGGAAAAUCGAAUCUUUGAACUCGAAAGUCAUGACUUAUUUAAGAUGACAGAGCUGGGAAUUCAAUUAGUCUUUAAUAUGUUAGAAAUAUGCAGACCAAGAUGUUGUAUCCAGCUUUACGGUACUUUUCUGAAAAUGUUUGACGAUAACAAUAUAAUUACAGCAAACCUAUACUGUUCUAAGCUAUCUAGAAGCGAUGAUUUAUUAGCUAGGCAACAAGUGAUCCUUAUGGUCCUCAAUCUUGUCCAUGAAGCCUACUUUGCAACGGAUUCAAAGUUUAACCAGAUCCAGCCCAGCUUCACCACAAAAACCCUGAGCCAGCUCUCCUUCUUGAGGAUGGCUCAAAGCUUUACCACUCAAAUUGGCAUGUUAAACGAAAUGAUUAACAAUAUAUUGCUAAAACUCCCGUCAUUCGCCCAGGCUUUUAAUUGUCCACAUUUAAAACGGAUGACAACAAGAUAAUUACAGGGUAAAAUUAUGUUUAUAUUGUAUUUUAAGAAAUAUGACAAUCAGUAGAAUCAGAGGUCGAUGACCCUCUUUGCAACGCCGUCCUUAUCAUCGGCUUAACACCGCAUUUUGAUUGUGUACAAUUCCUAUUUGAAAUUGUUUGGUCAACGAUAAGAAAUACAGACUUGCGGGCAGAGGUCCAACUGCUUAUUUGCACACUCAAUUUGAGGCAUUUGCCAUGAUUUAAUUAAUUGGCAGACCGUGUUCGAGGGCCACUUGCAGACUCAAUGCUGGAGCAAAUAAUGUAAAUCAGAAGAGUUGAGCUCAAGUGCUCGAUGAGAGGGAUUUCGGAAGGGGAUGUAGGGGUUCCUCUGCAAUCGAUUUAAAUGGCAUUGGGAUCAACUGAAGCGGAUCAAACACGGUGGCGAACUAAUUGUGCAGAAACCAAAU